AUGUGCUUCCUGGGUGGCCUGUGCAGUGCCCUGAGGCCACAUCGACAUCUGUGGUCCCUGCUGCCACUGAGGGCCAUGUUAGAAUCUGUGAUCCUGUUGCAGAUGGGGGCCGUGUGGAUGCCCAUGGCUGAUAUUACUGCUGAAGGUCGUGUGGAUGUAUCCAGCAGAAGUAUCACUCAGAGAGUGCUGAAGUUCUCUGUGUACCAUGUAAAUGGGCAAAGGAGGCACCAGCUCCUCGGGCACGUGCUAUUCCCCCUGAAGAAUGAGAUUCUUGCAGGGGACUGCCACCAUAUCAUCUGGAGAGUCCUUGAAGCCGAGAACCUAGAGCCUCCCUCAGAGUUUGGUGACCUUCAGUUCUGCCUCAGCUACAACAACUACCUGAGCAGCCUGACUGUGGUUGUGCUCCCUGCCAAAGGUCUCCAGCUCCAGGAAGACAGGGGUGUUGUCAGUGUGUUCAUCAAAGUGUCCCUGAUGAAUCACAACAAAUUCGUCAAGUGCAAGAGGACUUCUGUGCUGGGCUCUGUCAACCCUGUGUACAAUGAAACCUUUAGUUUCAAGGCUCACGCCAAUGAGCUGGACACUGCCAGCCUUAGUCUGACGGUGCUGCAGAUCCAAGAAGGAGACAAGAGCUACCCACUGGGCCGUGUGAUAGUGGGACCCUACAUGUAUACCCGAGGUAAGGAGCUGGAACACUGGGACCAGAUGCUCCGCAAGCCCAAGGAGAUGGUAACGCGCUGGCAUGCACUCUGCCGCCCCGCAGAACCCUGA